CAAAAAUGAUACCAGUAUAUCAGUAUAUGCAAAUUUCUAUUUGGCAUUUCGGUGACGGGCAUACAAAAGAAGCGCCGGUCUGAAACCGGAUCCACUGCGUAGCGCCACCACCGUCUUCCACUAAACUUGGGUGAACGUCCGCCACCUUUCUAGUUUCGCUGCACACAGCAUCAGCAUCACUCGAAGUCACUCUCUACACACAGAGAGAAUAGCACGAUGGUGACCAUGGAUCGCCUAUCAGGUGCUGCUAAUCUAAUGAUUGUCUCUGAUCUUGAUCACACAAUGGUUGAUCAUCAUGAUCCUGAGAACCUUUCUCUGCUAAGGUUUAAUGCCUUAUGGGAAGCGAAUUAUCGCAAUAACUCUUUGCUCGUGUUUUCAACUGGGAGGUCGCCUACACUUUACAAAGAGUUGAGGAAAGAAAAGCCGAUGCUAACUCCAGAUGUUACCAUUUUGUCUGUGGGAACUGAAAUAACGUACGGCAACUCAAUGGUGCCAGACAUUGGUUGGGAAGAAUAUUUGAACCACAAAUGGGACAGAAGCAUAGUAACUGAGGAGACGAGCAAGUUUUCUGAAUUGAAACUCCAAUCAGAAACAGAGCAACGUCCACACAAGGUUAGCUUUUAUGUUCAGAAGGAUAAGGCUCAAGAAAUCACAAGAGCUCUUUCCACACGUUUAGCUGAGCGUGGGUUGGAUGUCAAGAUAAUUUAUAGUGGAGGGAUGGACUUGGAUAUUUUGCCACAAGGUGCUGGCAAAGGUCAGGCUAUGGCGUAUUUGCUUAAGAAACUGAAAAGUGAGGAUCAACUUCCCAAAAACACUCUUGCCUGUGGUGAUUCUGGAAAUGAUGCUGAACUGUUUAGUAUCCCGGAUGUGUAUGGAGUGAUGGUUGCUAAUGCCCAGGAGGAGUUGCUGCAAUGGCGUGCUGCAAAUGCCAAAGGUAGUCCAAAAAUACUCCAUGCGACUGAGAGGUGUGCAGCAGGUAUCAUACAAGCCAUUGGCCAUUUCAAUUUGGGCCCUAAUAAGUCUCCUAGAGAUGUUACGGGUGUGACAGAUUCUAAUGAGAUAUCCAGCCCAGCUUAUGAAAUUGUGGAACUUUUUUUGUUUGCGGAGAAAUGGAGGCGUGGGGAAACUGAAAAUUCAGAGGCUAAUUUGGCAAAGAUAAAAGAUUUUUGUCGUCCAUCUGGCAUUUUUGUCCACCCAUCAGGUGUUGAGAAAUCUCUUGAGGACUGUGUAGAUUCGUUAAGGGUGUCUUAUGGGGACAAACGAGGGAAACUUUUCCGCGUUUGGGUGGACCAAGUUAUACCUAUGCAGGUCGGUUCGGAUUCAUGGUUAGUGAGGUUCAAGAAGUGGGAGAUCUCUGGUGAAGAGAGGCAAUGUCGCUUGACCACAAUUCUGCUAUGCUCAAAGGACCUGAAUGAUGCACAAGGUUCCAAAUGCAUGUAUGUGCACCAGACAUGGCUGCAGGGAGCAGCAGCAAAGGAUGUCAGUUCAACUCUAAACUGCUUCUUCUUCUUCUAAGAUCACCCUCAUAUUGCACCUCAAAAUCUCUAGUAUUCUCUCCACCCUCGAGGUGAUUAAGAUAAUUGUCACAUUACUCUUGUUUCUAUGUGCAAGUACAAACGAAAUUUAAAAGUAUCCCAAUCCAUGAGUACAUCUCUUAUCAUAAAUUGUAAAUUUCUGCCUGAGAAGGUGAAAUGACGAAAUAUAAUUAAUCCAUAUUAAAUAAAGGACCUGCUAAAAUACCUAGCCCG